AGGAGAGAAAGGAAAGCGCGAGGAGCCGCCGCCGCCACCGCCGCCAGCGCCGCCGUGCCGGAGCCGAGGGGACCCGGGCCGCCGCCCCGCCGCGCCUCCUGCUCGCCGCCGGCUCCUUGUCCUCGGACUCACUCCAGCAGCCUGUUAAAACAUGGUGGAUUACUAUGAGGUUCUAGGCGUGCAGAGACAUGCCUCAGCCGAGGAUAUUAAAAAGGCGUACCGGAAACUGGCACUGAAGUGGCAUCCAGAUAAAAACCCGGAGAAUAAAGAAGAGGCAGAGAGAAAAUUCAAACAAGUAGCUGAGGCGUAUGAGGUGUUAUCAGAUGCCAAAAAACGGGACAUCUACGACAGAUACGGCAAAGAAGGGUUAAAUGGAGGUGGAGGAGGGAUUCAUUUCGACAAUCAGUUUGAGUUCGGCUUCACAUUCCGUAACCCAGAUGACGUCUUCAGGGAAUUUUUUGGAGGAAGGGACCCGUUUUCAUUUGACUUCUUUGAAGACCCAUUCGAGGAAUUUUUUGGCAGUCGAAGAGGCCCCCGUGGAAGCAGGAACCGGAGCACAGGGUCGUUUUUCUCCGCCUUCAGUGGAUUUCCGUCUUUCGGAGGAGGGUUUCCGGCUUUUGAUUCAGGAUUUACUUCCUUCGCAUCACCAGGUCACGGGGGCCUCACUUCAUUCUCCUCUGCUGCAUUCGGUGGUAGUGGGAUGGGCAACUUCAAGUCUAUAUCGACUUCUACUAAAAUGGUCAACGGCAGAAAAAUCACUACAAAGAGAAUUGUGGAGAACGGUGAAGAGAGAGUAGAAGUUGAAGAGAACGGCCAGUUAAAGUCCUUAACGAUAAAUGGUGUGGCCGAUGAGAACGCGCUCCUGGAGGAGUGCCGACGCAGAGGCCAGAGCGCGCUGCCCUCCCAGCCCGCCAGCACCAGCGGCCCGUCGCUGAGGUCUCACAGGCCGGCCUCCCUGCCCAAACCCGAGUCUCAGCACAUGCGUGAAGAGGAGGACGAGCCAAGCAGACAGCAGGCCACCAGCAGCCCCUGGGACCCCUCCGUGCUCUCUGCAGGGUCCAAAGAAGGUGGCAAGAGGAAGAAGCAGAAGCAGAGAGAGGAGUCCAAGAAGAAGAAGUCGACCAAAGGCCACCACUAGACGGACUCGCGGCCACGCUCGCUGCCCGAGCUGGCGGCCCAGCCGGCUCUGUGUGGUCGCGGCCCUCGCUUCUCCCAGCACUAAAUCCGAUCGCGUCUCCCCGGAGUGGCUCGGGACCCCGCUCCUUCUUUUCAGCCUUUCAGCCGCCAGCUGCCGGGCUACUUAGAGCUCUCGAGGUGUGACAGGUGCAGGCAGAGACCGGAGUGUGUGUCCAUGGAAUGACUUCCUUCCUUCCUGGCCGCAGAUUUCUGGGAGCUAGCGCGAGGGAAGGGCAGGGUGGCCGAGCGGCCUGGUGCAUCGGGUGACCGCCACCACGGUGCUUGUCCUUCAGACGGGGGUGGUGGUGGGGUGCUAGACCUUCCAGCAGCUCAGCAGCUGGCCUGGCCUGGCCCGUGGGGGCCCUGGGGUGACUCACUUUAGAUACAAAGUCAUUCCUUACGUUUACCAUAGUUUUAGUCUCUAGCCUGAACUUCGGAAACGGUUUAAUUUUUGCUAAAGCUCUUCUUUUUUUUUCUUGGACCCUGAAUUCUUAGCAUAUGCACAGGAUCCUACAGAAUUUUGUUGGGUAAAUGUCAUCUCUGGCUCUUAGUUUAGGUGAUGCUGGGGAAGGACGGACGAGGUGUUGACACACACACACACUCACACACACACACUCACGUGCAGGUACGAACAGGGAGGCUGAACGGAGUGUGUCCGCCUGUAAACAUUGAUUCCUUUGCAAACAUUUUUCCUGGCAAGAUUCUGUGCGGUUUCCUGAGCUUCUGUCUUUGCAUGAACAGCUGCUGCUUAGCCCUCUGCUCCCGACCAGACCUGCGCAGCCCUCACCUUCCCUGCAAGCGCGCUGCCCGGGCCGCCCCUCCUCAGCACGAGGGCGAGCUCACGUCGUGCUUGCGUGGGAGCGAGGGGAGCUGGGGACUCGCGUCUGUGGCCGCGUCAUGGGUGCGAGGGCCACCAGUGGGUGCAGCCUUUGAAUUUAAGACGACUGUUACAGGCAGGUUGGCUUGGUUUGGCUUUGGUGGGGGUGGUGUGGACUGGUGUUCACUGCUUCUGGGGGAAACGUGCCCGUGGAGGUGUCCUGUGUUUUCAGUGCUGCCUACAGAAAUAAAACGUAAACGCACCGCGA